AUGUUACUUGGUUUAAAUUUUCCUAGGAGAUUUAUUCACUGGGUUAUGUUGAGUGUGAGAACCCCAACCUAUUCUGUGGCUAUCAUUGGUGCCUUAUAUGGGUAUUUUAAAGGUGGUAGGGGCCUUAGACAAGGGGAUCCCCUCUCCCCAAUUCUCUUUGUUAUUGUGAUGGAUUAUUUAUCCAGAUAUCUAAGUUCUAUUGGCAGUAGAAGGCCCUUCAAGUUUCACAAAGGUUGUAGAGUGUUGAAGCUAAACCAUCUUUGCUUUGCGGAUGACCUUUUUCUUUUUUGCCAUGGUGAUACCACAUCUGCUAGCUAUAUGAAGGAAGCUUUAUCUCACUUCCAGUCGGUCUCUGGUUUGCAUGUGAAUAAUGAGAAGAGCUCUAUUUUCUUCUGUAAUACUCCUGCUCAUAACAAGUCUAUUAUUCUGAAUACUAUGGGGUUUGCUGAGGGGAGUUUGCCUGUCAAGUACUUAGGCAUGCCUCUUGUGUCCAGAAGGCUCUCUAAAAUUGAUAGCCAAUGUCAAGUCUUCAUAUUGCCAAAAGCUGUCACUCAUAAAAUUGAGAGGAUUUGUAGGUCCUUUCUCUGGAAAGGUAAUGCUACUGAUAGGAAGUUUGGUGGCAUCUCCUGGGACAUUGUUUGCAGCCAGAAGAAAAAUGGUGGUCUGGGAGUAAAGAAAGUGGCGUUAUGGAACAGAGUUGCAGUCUUAAAGCAGUUGUGGUUUUUAUUAACUGAUAAGUGCUCCUUAUGGGCUCACUGGGUGACUCUCAACAAGUUGAAAAAGCUUAGUUAUUGGGGUAUUACAAAGCCAUAUAAAGCUUCUUGGAGCUGGAGAAACUUAGUUAAAAUUAGAGAUUCUGCUAAAGAGUUAUUUGAGUGCAAGAUUGGCAAUGGGAAAAGCACUCUCUUCUGGUUUGAUCCUUGGGUCAAUGGGAAGUCUAAUGCAAAAGUCGCAGAUCUGCAUAGAACUGGUGUGUUGCUCCUUCCAGAUGCUAUGGAUGAGCUAACUCUCCAAGCUUGGGAUUUUAUUCAAAGCAACUUCUCCUUUAACUCAAAUGAGGAUGAUAAAGUUUUAUUCAAGCCUGGAAAGCAGAAAGCGUUCUCUAUCAAAUCAGCUUGGUCUCAUCUUAGUCCUGCUGAUAACAAAGUUUCUUGGGCUAGUCUUGUUUGGAAAGCUCCUAUCAUCCAAGGCACAGCUUCACUACGUGGACGGCUAUUCAUAAUGGUCUCAAUACAAGAGACAAACUGUUCAGAUGGGGUUCGGUGGACAACCCAAACUGUGUUUUCUGCAAUUGUUGUGGGCCCUUUUAUCUGGUGUAGAGAAAUCAGUUGGUUCUCCAGGAAGUACGGUGGCAGGAACAUGAGUAACACAAUGAGGCGGCUUGCUUUUUGUUCUACUGUCUAUAAUAUUUGUGUAGAAAGAAAUAGUGUUAUAUUUUCUAGCAUUAGACCAUAUAUUGAUGUUGUGUUUAAAAGAAUUAGCUUCUCUGACGGUUAUCUAAGUAUUAACCGUUGCGAUCUUCGAAUGGAGAGAUUGAUGAUGCUUGAAGAUGGAGGUGAUGUUGUGAAACUUGUGUGA